AUGCGGAUUGAGAGGCGACGACUGCGUCUGAAGGAUAUGACGAAUGUCGGUAGCAAUGGCAUAACUCUUUCCGGAGGCCAGAAGCAACGUGUGUCACUAGCCAGGUGCCUUUACCUGCAGUCUAACCUCCUAAUUAUGGAUGAUGUAUUCAGCGGCUUAGAUGCGGACACUGAAGAUGUGGUAUUUCAGCGUGUCGUCACCAGCGUCGACAACCGGACCAAUGGGUCCAAACACAAGGAACUCCUCGGGGUCAUUGAUAUAUAUCAUGGCCUCGUUCUCGAGUUUGCCGAGCUCCUGUGCCUAUUAAGUCCCGAUAAGGCCGAAGAACCUGAGGGUAAGGAGGCACGUAAGCUUUACGAAAAGGGGCUCAGUCCUACGGAAAUCCUCGGCCAUGUACGAAGAACUCCAAAACAGGGCCUCAUUCUGGAAGUUCAAGAACUCAGGCAAUAUGACCGGAGGUACGAAAAGCUAGAGGAUAUAAGGGCUGCUAUUACCAAGGUGAAUGAGUCUGGAUUGAGAGUACUCUUCUCUCUCCACAACGACUGCGACGAGGCUUGGUGUAGAGCUAUGGACGGGCCCGGCAUCAAGUUAACCCUAGAGGAACCCCGGUCAGGGGCCUUUCACCUACCGGGCCGCCAUAUGCCCAAGGAGGAAUUUCUGAAGGACUUAUAUAAGGAUGGAUUCAAGCCUGCCCCAGCAACCUUCCAACUCUUUCGAUGCUUUACGUCGUGAACAAAGACGGCUGUCAGCGAUUGCGUAUUCCAGAAGGCGCAGUUCAACACUUAUUAUCACUUCGGACCGAAAAAUUUCCGGUAACGACUGAAGAUCUAUUUAAUCACAAAUUUCCCACUGUUCUCUCUCUGCCCACAUAUUAGAUGUCACUCGCCCUUCCCAACCACUGAUAAAUUGGAAAUUAAGGCCUUGCGUCGAACAAUGCCUAUCCAGCAUGUCUUUAGACCGGUUGCCAGAAUCGUUCUCCAGUAACCCAACAAAAACUGAAUGCAGGCUCUAUUGUUCGAAAUGUUUCGCUCGUGGGAGAAGCAAAACAACUCUCAUAUGCAAAGACUGUCAAGCCAAUAUUGCGAAGGAGAAGAUCCCUAGUACCUGCCGUUUAAC